AUGGAAAAGUUACUGUUACCAAAACCUACGCCGUUAUAUUUGAAAAAAGUCAAAGAAGCCUCCAAAAAAAUUUUAAAAGUUCAACCAAAAUUAUUGGUUCUAGAUCUUAAUGGCACUCUAGUAUAUAAUAAAAGUAAACCAUCACUGUUAAGACCUUAUUUAUCUGAAUUUUUAAAAUAUAUAUUUUCAAAAAAUAAUGAAUUUUCAGUGAUGGUUUGGUCAUCUGCCGCACCAAAUAAUUCAAUCAGUGACCCUGAAGAUGAAUCAGAAAAAAGGCUAUUCAAUCUUGAACAAGAAAUUAGGAAAAAAUCACUGUUUAAUUUGAAUAAUGAAUCUUCUAUAGAAGUAUCAUCAUCACCGUUUAGUAAUACAUCAUUAAAGGAAUUAGAAGAGGAAUAUAACAAAGUAACUUACAACAUAUAUAGAUACAUGUAG